CUCAGCCGCGUGGCCGCGGUGGCUGGGGCGAGGGGUGCGCGCCUCAGAGGCACUGAGGCUGCGGGGCGGCUUCGGGCGGAGCGCUGCGGCGGCGGCGGCGGGAGCGAGGACCAGAUUUCUCUGUGAUCAAGCAGAUAGUGGAGGAUACAGGACCCGAGGAUGAACGUUCACCGUGGCAGUGACUGCGACAGCUUAUUGCGGCCCGAGGCCAGCUGUGUAGCAAGUGAUGCCUUAGCUGCUGCUCAAGAAAAGGAAACGAACAGCCCAGCCUCGUCUGGUCUUCACAGUCUCACUUACCCCUUAGGUGCCAGGAACGAAGAUCUUUCCCAAGACUAUGCCUCUUUGCCAGCGAAUCUUCAGUUCCCUCACGUAAUGCCACUUUCCGAGGACAUCAAAGGCUCUUGCUUCCAAAGUGGGAAUAAACGAAAUCAUGAACCUUUCAUGGCUCCAGAAAGAUUUGGAAACAGCAACUUGGGCUAUGGCGGUAACUCUCAUUCCCAAGCACCAGAGAAAGUGACACUUCUCGUAGAUGGCACACGGUUUGUUGUGAAUCCACAAAUAUUCACUGCUCAUCCGGACACCAUGUUGGGAAGGAUGUUUGGACCAGGAAGAGAGUACAACUUCACUCGGCCCAAUGAGAAGGGAGAGUAUGAGAUCGCCGAAGGAAUCAGCGCAACUGUGUUCCGCACAGUGCUGGAUUAUUAUAAAACUGGUAUCAUCAAUUGUCCAGAUGGCAUCUCUAUCCCAGACCUUAGAGAUACAUGUGAUUAUCUCUGCAUUAACUUCGACUUUAACACUAUCCGAUGUCAAGACCUGAGUGCUUUGCUGCACGAACUGUCCAACGAUGGUGCUCACAAGCAGUUUGAUCACUACCUCGAAGAACUCAUCCUGCCCAUCAUGGUGGGCUGCGCCAAGAAAGGAGAGCGAGAGUGCCACAUUGUUGUGCUGACAGAGGAGGAUUCUGUGGACUGGGAUGAAGACCACCCCCCACCCAUGGGAGAAGAGUAUUCUCAAAUUCUGUAUAGCUCCAAGCUCUACAGAUUUUUUAAAUAUAUCGAGAAUCGAGAUGUCGCUAAAACAGUGUUAAAGGAACGAGGCCUGAAAAACAUUCGCAUCGGGAUUGAAGGUUACCCCACCUGUAAGGAGAAAAUAAAGAGAAGACCCGGCGGUCGGUCUGAAGUUAUCUAUAAUUACGUACAGCGGCCCUUUAUCCAGAUGUCAUGGGAAAAGGAAGAAGGGAAGAGUCGCCAUGUGGACUUCCAGUGUGUCCGAAGCAAGUCCCUCACGAACCUGGUAGCUGCUGGCGAGGACGCCUCAGAGGACCAGGAGAUACUGAUGCACCACCCGCCCCAAGUGGAUGAACUGGACCGGCUCAACGCCCCCCUUGCUCAGAUGGUUUCUAAUGACUUUCAGGAUUAGGGCCUUCAGGGGUCCACCCUCGCCAGAGGGCUUCCGUGUGGUUGUCGUCUCACCCUGACCCGUGUGUCCCCUGCAUUUGGUCUUCCUGUAAUUAACGUGUGUCAUUUGUGGUAAGUUUGCGCCUCCUGGCAAGGGAUGAAAAAGCCUCUGGUAAUCAGGCUACCAGCUCGGCAGCAGCCCUGGUAACUUGAAAACUUGGGGGUCUGGUGCUGUUCGCUGAGUCUGCGUUAACUGCAAAAGCAGGAAGGGAAGUCAAGACUCCCGUCACCUCAUACUUAGCAAAGCAGGCCUCAUCACCCUUUCUGCUCUGGUUCUGUUUGCUUUGUCUUACAUCAGGCAAAUGCACAGUAAGGGGCAAAGGGAACAAACGUAAGAAGAGACGAUCUCUUCUAAAAGAAUGCCGGCCCUGAGAUGUUUACAAGAGUGAACAAAAUGCCAGGCCUAGGCCUCUGCGCCUAGACUGCAACUGGAAAGAAUAGGCUCAUUCAGACCGCGAAAGGAAAUCGUCAGGAGCUGAAAUUCAGUUUCCACGUUAAUGCAGUGAGCAAUCCAAAACCACACAAGGCGAGUUCUUUCGUAGGAAGAAUGACUUAUGUUUAUGAAACCUUUUUAACUUUAAGGUUCAUGAAUUCAAAGUGCUGACUGAUUUGGCAAGAGACCCCCCCAAGGCAGGCCAGUUGUGUUCUCCUGGCUGGACGCUGGCAAGCCCCUUGGGUAGCCCUGUGCCACAAGUGUGCAGUUUAAAGCAGCGUCUUGGGUUUAGAAGAGCACGCAGGAGAAGGCACUUGGGGUGAAGCUGGGUGGGAAACUACAAAAUGAGCCCCAGUGCAGGACUUCUUUACACAAGUGCUUCUUGUACCAGGGAGUUUGGAAGGUGUCAGUGAAUUCUGAAUUUUAAAAUACCCUAGUAACCGCUCACACACAGGGUAAGAAAAUGAUGCUGUGGUCUCCAGGGAAGUCAGGCCAGGCCUUGCCACCUGAUGUGCUAUCACCUCUGUCAACACUGCACAGUGGGUGACAGUCCAGGUCGUCUCCGUGACCCUACCAUCCUCUGACAUGUCUGUGGGUGCUAGCAGCAGAGCUAAAUGUAGAGUCCCAACAUGAGACAGUUGUUCAAGAAUUAUCUCCCACUUUCUGGUCCCAAGUCUCCCAGCACUUAGCCCUCCUGGAUUGUGAAUGGGUGCGUGGUUUCCUUCCAGUUCCUUGGUGUGAGAAUGCGACUGGUUUUCCUGAAUUCAUCUCCUGCAAGCUGCUAUAGGGCAAGCAACUUGAUUUCUUCAAAAAUAAAGUUGGGUGCCGAGAA